AUCAAGCCAUGUCGUCACUUGUCUCCGUGCGACAUCUACCGUGUACAUCUACUGUGUGCAUAAGUUCUUAAAUAUUGAUUGCCGUGAAUUCUACGUCAAUUGUCAAACCUUGGUUUGACUACACGGCGAUGUUGUACCUUCAGGAAUAGAUGUGGCGACUACCACUGUAUCAGGAAGAGGGAUAUUAUCUGACAUUGGUAAUACGUCCUUAAUCCAAGGGAUACUUUGAACAUCCAAAAUCAGAAGACUCUCGAGGAUCACCAUGAUAGGAGGGAUGGAAAUUUCAUUGAAUGUUAUUACGACACUCAUUUUUUUGGUUAAAGAAGUUUUUGGAAGUGGAUGCGGAGGCAGUUUUGAGAAAAAAGGGAAAAUACUUCAUCCUACGAGUAAUGGCGGCUUCCUCCUGACCAGUCCGGGCAAUACAGUGGACUGUGCUUCUCGGUGCUGGGGGAGAGAGCAGUGCUGGUCAUUCUAUCAUAAUCCCACUGACCAGGCGUGUUUCCUCGCCUCCAGAUACCAGACCGUUGUUCCAGAUACGUCCUACUCAGAUACCGCUCAGAACUACUUUGAUCUUUACAGAAAGCCAGGUGGAUACUCUACUUGCAAAGAACUUCAACUGGCCAACUCAAAUGCAACGGAUUCUGAUUACUGGUUGUAUCCUGCAGCAAGUCAUGUCCACUACAAUAUUGUCAAGGUGUACUGUUACGGUAUGGGGACCAGCAACCCGCAAGAGUAUAUUAGUCUGCCCACGCUAAACACAGGGGAAUAUCCUAACGAAACCUACCAAAAAUGCGUCACUCAUGUCUUCACCCUGACGGGUUGCCCUGGAAAACAGGGCGUCUAUACCUACAGCAAAAUAAAGAUCGACCCAAGUACUAUGCAUGUGGACAGGGCUACCAGGACCUUCAUGACAGUGUCCGGGAAACCACGAGACUACGCAUGGGUUGGAGAUUGUUACACGGAGCUGGACAACACUUACACGUGCGGCCCUAAAGGAAGUUUCACAAUCAACACCGACGGCACAGGUCUUAUUGUCGAUCCCGCGCUGACCUGGAAGAAGUCAGGAUACAAGGCCAAAGUAGUGAUGACCAAGUCUCAAGGUGGCGCUGUCAUCAACCUCCUCUGUGGCGGUUACCCAGGCAGCUGUGCCCCUCUCUACCAGAUGACACUUCACAUCAAUAUAGCAAACAAUGCGAGUCCUGAAAGUGCAAUCUGGAUGACCUGAAUGCGUAACCAUGACAACGUUCUGACUGUGAUGACCUUGAACUCCUAGAAGUGUUGCUAACUUUCCCGUGUGAAUACAGACAGCAGUAGUUUAUUCAAUAUUUUAGGCCAUAUGACCUAUAGUACAGAAGUGGUUGGUCACGUGUAGGUAAUAAUAAGUUUACAUAUAAUAUUAACGUCUAGUUUCAAAAUUCUUCUUCAGGAAUAUUGACCGAGAUGAUAUUGUAUUAGCAUUGCGGGAGUUCAACAAAUUUUUCAUCAGUUGUUCAUCUUUGUACAUAGUUGAAAUCAUAGGGAGGUAUCUAUUUCUAAGAAACUGAUAAUAUUUACAAAUGAGACGUUACUGUACAUGAAACUCAUCCUCAACAUAGCCUUCAUUACAAUAACGGCAUAAACUACUUUCUUUAUCUUGUACAUUUUUCUUUCUGAGAUUAUUAACAUUAAAAUUAUGUAAUGAUAUACGU